AUUGAAUUUAUUGACGUCAUUUCAGCUCCCGAAAUUUCACUCAUGCGCUGCUCUGUAGUUUCGUUUUUUGCAAGUUGUCUGUAUUCUAUUUUGUUGGAGCAAUGGAGAUUAAUAGGUAAACAAGAAUGGCUGUUGAUAUCAGGAAUGCACAACUUAAUAUUAUUGAAAAUAAUCAGCAAUCAAAUUUAUCAAUUGCAAAAAUGAGAUGGAAGAUGCUUGCAAGGGCACUACAGGAAGGAAAAGUUCAGGAUUCAGUCCUCUUCCCUUGUUCUGUUAGGCAAUUUACAACAUUUGGCCUCAUCCAUAUGCAAACAACUGAAGAGACUGCUAAUGAUAACGCUAGAGACAAGUGGUAUAUGUGCUCUUGCUUAGAAGAACCAAGAUUGAAAUUAAAAAUAAAGUUAGUAUCUGGAAGAAUAUCAUCUGAAGAAUUAAAAGGGUUUGAUAAUACCGGAAAUGUGUGUGUCUGGCCUUCUGAAGAAGUAUUGACUUAUUAUUGUAUGAAAAACAAAGAAUUAUUUGGGGGGAAAAGCGUGUGUGAAUUAGGCGGUGGCAUGACUUCCCUCAGCGGUUUAGCGGUUGCAGCUACUGCUGGUGCAACUGAAGUGUUUGUGACAGAUGGAAACAUAAAAUGUGUUGAAAAUGUUCAACAGAUAAUUGAACAAAAUCAUCAGUACUUUGGAGCAACACAUGUUGUUUCCCGUCACCUAAGAUGGGAUGUUGAAGAAGAUUAUUCAGAUUGCAGAUCAAGAUUUGAUGUAGUAAUUUGUGCGGACUGUCUCUAUUAUGAUGAUGGUAGAGCCGCACUUUCUGCCACAAUUGGGAAAAUUCUGAAAAAUAAUGGAGUUGCUGUUAUUUUAGCACCAACUCGAGGGAAAUCCUUUCAGUCCUUUGUUGAUUUAGUACAAAAAGAUUUCAUUGUAGAGAGAAUCAUGUCCUAUGAUACACAUGUGUGGGAUCUCAAUUGCCGACUGAAAGAAGCAAAAACUAGUAUUUACCAUGAAGAUCUCCAUUAUCCUCAGAUGCUUAUUUUAAGAAAAUGUUAAUGCAGCAAGAUUUGUGAAGAUGUCAUCCAUUCAAACCAACUUAGCAAACCAAACUUCAUCUUCCAUUUCAGUAAAUAGAAAUGCGUCUUAAUAUCAUUCAAAUUGGUUCAUGCCAAACUUUUUCGUCCACAACCAAUUGUCAAGAACUCCAAUCAAUUUGAAUCGACUUCAUCAAGCAGAAUGGAAAAACAAUUUCGUACUUAUCAUUUUCCCCAUCUUCCUUCUUAAUGAUUUACCAUUUGUAUGUUCAAAUGUUUUCUUGAAAGAAAAAAAAAACCUACUAUUUACUUUCAUAUUUUACAAGGCAGAAAAAAGAAAUCUGAAUAUUAUAUUAUUGGUUAAAUGAUUAUUUCUCCCUGAUGAUUAUGGUUCUCUUAACUUAAUAAAAAAAAAACGAAACUGUAUUAAGCAGUCUUGCUACAUUAUUUUAUCUCUCUGAAAUAAUGUUUUUUUUUUUUAUUUCAUACAUUUAUUUUUUCAGUGAUACUCAUUGUUUAAUUUCAAUUCUUGAAUCUAUUUUGGGUGUUGGAUGUAUUAUAUUUUCAAGAAAUUUAAUUAUAUCCUUGGUUAUUGUAGAACACUUAAAAAAUAUCAAUCUUUUAACAUGAUUUUAAGUUAAGCACCUAAUUUUUUUUUAUAAAUCUACUCAUAGGACCUUGGGAGUAAAAGCAUUUUUUUCUGUGUUUGAGUAUCUAAAUUACUUAGAUAUAAAAUUUACCCUAUGUACUGCAUUUUAUCUUUUUCAAAUGACAUCUUACUUGUAAAAGCAAAAGAAAAUCAGAAAUGACAGGUUACUUCUAACAGGAAGGCUACUUCUUUUUUAAAAAAAAUUUAUUUGAAUUAUUAAUAUUUUGUUAAUAACUGUGAUACUAUUAAAAGAUCUUCCUUUUCUUUCAAAUGUAAGUUUAAAUCAUUAACUUUUGUCAUUUUAAGUGUAUAAAACCAACAAGAAAAAGUUUUUUCAAAUGAGUUAGGGAUUGUCAAUAUUACAUUGUGUAAAAAAAAGCUUUUAUCUCAAAUUUAUAAAAAUUAAGGAAAAGGCAAAUAUAUCCUACCAGAAAUAAAGGUAGGUUUUUAGAAAAGUUUAUGUAGAGCAAUCUAGUCCUUUAUUUUGAAGUCACCUGACAAUUGUCACAAAAAUAGAUUAGAAUUUUUUCAAACAAAUUUUUUAAAUUAUGAAUGUAUCAACUUCCUAAUAUGAUUUUUUAAAAAAUAGUGUAAUUAUUUUGACUUACUAUUGUAUACAAGUGUCAUCAGUAAUAUUAUUUGUUCAAAAUCAUUACAAGAAACAUAUUUUGCUAUUUAAAGUAUUGAAUUACUGGUCUUAUUUUGAAUUUCGUUCUCUUUUUCUUUAUUUUCAAUUAAUUAUUCUGUAUACACAUUAAAACAGAGCUUACUAGAACAGUAUAUAUUUUGAAAAAUGGACCAUAUAAUCUUAAUUUUUGAAUGUUUAAUGACUAUGAAACAUUCUGAAAAUUUCAAUUCUCUAUAAACAUUAGAUAUUUUUAAAGAUCGACCAUGUAUGUUAAUUUUCUUUUAAAAAAUGUGAAAACUUUAAUUUACAAAUGUUAAGUAAGGCUAGCAUAUGUAAUUUACUGUGCAUAAUUUUUAAUUUUGCAUUCAAAACCAGCAUUUUUCAAAUAUUGAGCAAGUUUGAAUGAAUCAUGUCUUGUUAUAUUAUGUUCUAGAUGGUGUUGUGGGAUUGGAAUAAACUGUAUACUAUUGUAUAUCAUUUGCUAAGACAGAAUGCAAAGGCUUUAAAUCUUGUAUAUAUAAAUUAAUUAGUUUAUUAAAGACUUGUAAAUAUAAAUUAAUAUAUAUAUCGUAAACAUAAAUCGAUGGAUGAAAAUGGAUUCUUUUAUUUAUUAACAUUUGUUGUUGAAAGUUGUAAUGUUGGUGUUUAAAUUUCCUGUGUUAGAAGUUUGUAUUAUUUCACUCCACUGUUAAAAAUGUAAUUAUGUAGAUAUUCAUAUAUUUAAUAACAUUAAUUUGAGCUGGAACUAUGUAAAGUUAAACAUUUGUAAUGUAUAUAUUUUCAUCAUUUUUAGUUCAAUAAUUAGUUCAAUAUUAUGCAUAUGAAACAGCAUUCAUUAUCUAUUUUAUUUUUCACCUCUUUAAAAACUAACGCUAGUUGUUGCCUUUGAAGAAGAGACAUAAAUUUGUGUUCUUUUAUUAAAAUCUUCGAAAAUUAAACUAUUUUAAAGAAAUGUAUUUAUUACUAAACUUAGAUUUCAUAGUUAUAAAUCUAAUUUCAAGUCAAACUAUGAGGAAAUUUUAUUAUUAAAAUACAUUGAUUGCAACCAAUAAAAAAACUGGAUUAUAAGAUCAAUCGCUUUUUAAAAUUUAAAUUGGCACGAACAAAAUCUUGCAAUAUCAAACCAUUCUUCAAUAAAAUCAUUAUUAGUGUUUUCUAAAAUCCAAGCUUUUGAUAGGGAUACGUUUUAAAAAUAGAAAACUCUAUGUUUUCUUUUCUGAAUAAUUUGAAUUUUCUCAAGUUUUGUAGCAUAUAAAUUCCAUUUUGCCCUAAGAAAUGAAAAGAACAAAGUGAAAUUCUGUAAAAAUAAAAUAUAAAUGUAGUAGUUCAUUUAACUUUCAACUGUAUUUGUAAUGUUUAAAUUUGAAACAUUUUUUCUCCGUGUAAAUAUUUGGGUUUAUAAAAUUAAAUGUUCUCAGAACAAACGUGAUUUCAACACAUGGUGGGCACUAUACUGCCUUUAUGUACUGUAAAACUCUAAUUAUCUAUAUCAUCUUUGAAAAAAGAAAUUUAAAAAAAUAGGGAUAGCUACAAAAUAUCAACGAAAUACAAAUAUUAAUGGUUCUAAAUAAUUAUAAAUUAUUUAUUUAUCUGUGAAAAUCUUUAAAGUUGAAAAAAAUAGCUGUGUUUUUCUGUUCCGAAGCUGUAUUCUCAAAUUAAGUUUAGCAAUAGUUAUAACCAUGACUGCUGUUUCGUAUGACAUUUGUGUCGUACAACAAAUAUGGUCAAUCGGGGGCUGUUAUUUUGAUAUGAUGAAAUGGAGCAAACUAAAGAUAUAGUCCAGGCAUGUAUUUUGUUAAAAGUUUAAAAAUUUUGACUAUUCUGAAAACAAUAUUUUUUUAAAAAAUUUUUCAAUCUUUUUCUUACUAUUCUCAACGAAAAGAGCUAAUUCUUAACAAAGACACCAUUUUUCUUUAGUGAUUUCAAGCACUGAGAGCAUGUCUCAAAUUUACUCUAUAUUGUUGUUUUGGUUGCAAAACUUUAAAUCUCUUUUACAAUUCAAUAAAAAAUACAUUUCAUCUGUGACAUCAAUUUUUCUUAUAAUUACCAAUGAUUAUACAUAUUUUUUACCUAUAAUAUUUAGUUUUUGAAAAGUUUUUAAGAUUUUACCAAAGUAAUUUUGAGAACUCACGAUGAUAAAAGAGUCUGACAAGUCUUUACGAUAAUGAGCUUUAUUUAUUAAAUAAUAAAUUAAGGGGUAAAAAUUAUUUACCACUCCAGACAAAAUUUACCCCAAUUAUUAUUUUUUUUUAAAUGUUGAUCAGUACUUCUAUAAUGUUUUAAAAUAAAAAUUUUACUUAUUUGUUAUUGUUUUUUUAAUAUUAAGUAAAUCAGUUUAGUGGAUUUAAGUAGAAUCUGGAUAACCAUGAAAUAAGAGCUUAACUUUUGCUAGGCAAAUAUAAAAGUUAUGUAACCUUGUUUUUGUUUCGUCUAGUCACGGAUUAAGUAUUAAAACCUUGACUUACAUUACGUUCAAAUUUUUAUUGUGUGUAACAAAUUUCAAAUUUAACUGGCUUACAUCAAAUAUCAUUUAUCUGCUUGAAUAUUGUUAAAGUUUCAUUGCAGUUCAGUGGUUAAAGGCACUGAACUGUCAUUUUUGAUAGACAGGGAUUCAGUUCACAGUUGACUUAAAGCCCACCAAACUUUACAAUGAUGGGUAACAUCUUGUCUGGCAUGAUUCAUUGCCACAAUCAUGCUGUUGGUCACAAAAUUGUGGAGUCAUAGUCUCUGUGACCUUUCAACUAACAAUGAGCUGUAACUGGAUUGCUUUAUUUUAUGUUUAAAUCUAAAAUGAUUUUGAUUUUUAUCAAGAGAAGCCUGCACCCACAUUUUUUUUUAAUUUAAUUUUUUCUCUCCAAUAUAUUACAUAUUAGCCCUGAUUGACCCUAUAUGUUUCUUCAAAACGCAUAUCAUUUUUAGACAUAAUUGUUUUUCCUUUUAUAACUGUUUACUAUUUAUUUUUUAAAACUGAAAAUUGAGCUUCAAUCUUAAUAAUUCAUAAUCCCAUAUGCCAUUAGAUGCACAUAAGAGAUAAGAUUCCUGUAUUAUCUAGUCAGAGUAGUUAUGAUUUCUGCUACUCAUAAUGCGUACCUUACAUUAAGGGUGUUUCAUGUAGCUUGUUUACAUGAGAUUUCAAAAACGCCCCUGAAAACUACAUAAGAACCAUUCAUAUACAUUUUCUUUGUGCCACUCAAACAAAUAUUUUUGAAAGCUAGUAAAUAUUAGUCAAUUGUGUUUUAAGAGGAGAAUUGUUUCAUCAAAAAUAUUUGUUUAUUUUUGUUGGGUUCUAUUUGUGAAUGUUUAUUUGAAUUAUGAAACAAGUUUGUAGUUACUUGAUGUAUCGUUAUGAUAAGAUAUAUAAAUAAAUUCAUUUCAGUCAGAUCAA